AUGAUCCAUAUGCCAUGGGAGAUCGCAGUCUCAAUCUCAAACUUUGAGAUAAUGGUUUGGCAACAGCAUAACCUCACGAAUAUCUACUGCGGUGGCAACAUAAUACAAGGUUCAACGCCUCCAAGUAAUAGCACCCUUGAUCUAAUUCUAUCUCGAAUCUCUCUUCGGUACCAGGCUUCACAGCCGCGGGGGCUUAGCCAUGUGUUACUUCGCACCUCAGCUGGGGAGAGUUGCAAAGACUCCCAUCCGCUUCCACCACAACGGGACGAUCAUGAUGACGAUGGAGAUCUGGAGGGCCUCGGAGGUCCUGCCCAACCCACCACUGAGACACCAAGAUCACAAUCUUCUUUCAGCCAAGACAUGAUUGACGCCCUGCUUUCGGAUGAGUUCACGAACAAAUUUGAUAACGCAUUGGAUGAGCUGCCCAAGGGAGACUACAGACAGGCUAAGGGUCUUUUCAUGAUCGGCGGCCAAUUCAACCUCUACUACACCAGAACCGCAUCUCCGAUGCUGCUAGACAAUGCUAUUUCUUAUACAGAAAGAGCGCUAGAAAAGUUACACAAGUCGCAUGAGGAGCUCAAAGAAUACUCAAACGUGCUCGAGGUUGCCGAACACAGGCUGGAAGUCACCGACCAGUACAUCUCAGGCCUCAAAUUGGGCAUCAGAUAUCUCGAAGAGUGUAGCCUCAAAGAAGAGAAGAAGCGCGAGUUAGGCUGCGCGUAUUGGAGUAGAUUUUGGGAAUCCAACAAUGUCGAAGAUCUCGCACUUGCCAUUGAGACUCUCGAAGCAUGCUUCGAGAACCCGGAGAAGACAUUUCCGCAGGCCGCAAUCUAUCUCGGAUCGGCUCUACGCCAACGUUACGACUAUGAAAAGAGUCCGAAUGACCUAGACCGUUCCGUAGAGUUGCUCCGAAAAGGACUGGAGGCUGUUCCGAGAGACGAAAACCAUUACGGUCCCUUGAGAGCCUAUGCACUCGGAGUUCUUACCUCUACCUGUGCAAAAAUCAACAACAAUCCCUACAGUGGCGAGAUCCGGAGUCGAGCAAUCAACAGCGUCGAGAUCGUGCUCUCAUCCACGCCUCCUGAAAUUGAAGCGUUCGGUCGACUCAGGAAGCAAUACCUCAAUCUGGUCAUGACGCAAUGCUUUAAGGAGGCGGAGACUGUACAAGAACUUCUUGACACCCUCGAAUUCGGCCUAGACGAUAAGCUUGCGGAGAAUCAGGAUAACAUGGCCGUUGUGGAGGUGCCACCAACCACCAAGAAAUUGUUCACACUUGACCCUUUAUUGGAUGGUAAGAAGAAUAUUAGGCUAGUUAAGCUGCUGCCGGGCACAAAAAGAGAUGUCAUCCAAUGUGAGAUAUUUGUUGAGCGCCUAGGCGGUGCUCUCCAUUACGAAGCACUCUCCUGUGUCUGGGGCAGUCCAAUAGAGACUGAAGAGAUAUGUGUGAAUGGCUGUCUCCACGAGGUCACAAAGAAUUUGUACUCAGCACUUCUACGACUGCUUCAUACCGAAACAAUAAGCCUCAUGCGCGACAUCUAUCAGAGUGCAAGCACGGUCAUCAUGUGGCUUGGUGAGCCCAAAUCUGAAGAACAAUCUUUUGCGCCCAUGGUAGAAAAGGCCGACCAAACAUCAGAGAGGUGCUCGAAAUCGCUGAUUGGAGAGCGAAGUUCCAAAUUCAAGAAAGCUGAAGCAGCCUCAGAAAACGAGCCCCACAUUUCAGAACACCGUCAGAUGCAGGAAUGUUUUUCCGAUGUCCCUGUUCCACCCCUGUCUCCCGAACAAUCUGUGGGAACGGGACAGUUCGAGGCUCUGAUGGAGAAUUUCAUGUGGCUACAACCGAUUUUGUUCGGUUGUAAGCCGAUGUCGAUGAUUCCUGAUAAAGGAUCCCCAGGGUUCAUGAGUGUGGCCGAGGACCUUGUCAAGAAAAUUGAGCAGGAACAGAAGGUGAAUUUGCUAUUCCACAAUAUCCGAAUCAGACGCCUGCCGGGCCAUGAACUGCACGUCUUCGACUGGACAUCUCCCGAUAACAUCAUCUCGUUCUUCAGGUCACCGCAGAGUGCAUCAACGUGGCCUACUCUUGGUGCUUUUGCUUUGAUCCACUCCUUCGCUCAGUUCAUGCAUUUUUCUGAGCUUCCGUUCUUUGGAGGCUCUGAUACGAACCUCUCCUACCCCAGCACGCAAACUUGGAUAAAAUCGGCGAGUGAACUAGACAGAAUCCUCACCUCGGAGUACUGGCAACGAGCCUGGAUCCUACAAGAACUGGAGGGAGGGUUCAAGAAGUUCAAGAACUUGUACCUAUUGAGACGCGCGCAUGGAGCGUCAUCAAUGUUCUCCGCCGACUCACCUUUGUCAGAGCCGAGCUCACACAACGCCCUGAGCAGCAAGCCUAAUCUUGCACUCUCACUCUCGAGUAUCAUGGGAACCGGGAUCGCGAAGCGCAGGGCCACCCACCCGCGAGACCUGGUGUACGGCAUCUUGGGACUCGUAGAUGGCGACAUAGGCAUAGAGGAAGAUUACACCGCCUCUCUUGCCGAGGUGUUCACGCGAGCCGUGGUGCGUAUGAUUCGCGAGAAGCAGAGUUUUCAGGUACUCAUAUUGAAUGAUCUCGGCCGGCAUACUCAACACGGUCUGCCGUCGUGGGUCCCGGACUGGACGUCUGACGGAAUGUUCUGUCCUCAGCCGUAUCCAGACUCGUUGUAUCAGACCGAUAAAGGUCGACAAUACUACGCUGAGAUCGAGGAUGAGCUAAAAUUGAAAGUCAGAAGCAUCAAGGUUGACACCAUCAAAAGAGUCAGCAAAAUGCGGACCGUGAGUUGGAAUAACCCCGGCAAAUUAGUGGGGUUACUCAAGGAGUGGAGGUGCAUGGUCGGUCUUGAUUCGCCAACCCAGCAGAAGGGCCACGACCACGCCAAUCUCGAGGAUACUUUCUGGAAGACAGUAUUUGCAGACAUGAUGUUAGAGCGCGACAUGGAGCACCGACCACCGAACGACUGGCGAGAGGACCGUGAUAAAGUACGACGCUUCGAGCCACGCGAUAUGGUCAAGGUCCAAGCCUGGUGGAACUGGCUGCAGCGCGAAGCGGAUUCCAAUUUCGUCGGCCCGGAGCUAGAGUGGUACAGUCUAUGCACCCGCUCGCAUCCGGACAGAUUUCACAUCGUCACGGACAGUUUCUGGCACACGACCGAAACGCGGAAGAUGAUAUUUGCGGAAAGUGGUCGCAUGGGGACGGGGCCAAGCGAGUUUGGGAGCUAUAUCGAGUUUAGGGAUGCGAGGGUCGGGGAUGAGGUGCAUGUGUUGUUCGGUCUAAGUGUGCCGGUCAUUUUACGGGUGCUUGAGGAUGGGGAGGAGCGGCCGUCGGCAGUGGGAACAAAGAGAUACAGAUUUGUAGGACCAUGUUAUUUGCAUGGGAUUAUGGAUGGAGAGGCUGUAGAGGAUGGAAACGAAGCUGUCGAGGAAAUAUUUCUUUGCUAA